GAGCCAGAGUAAAUGCCAAAGACAACAAGUGGCUCACUCCUCUGCACCGGGCCUUGGCUUCCUGCAGUGAGAUGGUGAGGCUGCUUCUCUCCAGAGGAGCCAACAUUAAUGCCUUUGACAAGAAGGAUCGCCGAGCAAUCCACUGGGCUGCUUACAUGGGGCACAUUGAGGUGGUGAAACUGCUGGCCUCUCAUGGAUCAGAGGUGUCCUGUAAAAACAAGAAGGCCUACACCCCUCUCCACUCUGCAGCCUCCAGUGGAAUGAUCAGUGUGGUCAAGUACCUCCUGGACCUUGGUGUGGAUGAUGUGGUGGUGAAUGAGCUGAUCGAGUGUGGCGCCAACGUGAACCAGGUGUACGAGAAGGGUUUCGCCCCACUCCACUUCACGGCCGCCUCGCGCCAUGGGGCGCUCUGCCUGGAGCUGCUGGUGGGCAACGGGGCCCUCGUCAACAUCAAGAGUAAAGAUGGAAAGACCCCCCCUCCACAUGACGGCCAUCCACGGGACGCUUCUCCAGAUCUCAAGCCAUCAUCCAGAAUGGCGGGCGUCCAUGGGAUGUUCCGCCUCCACCUGUCUGCUCUCAGUGGGUUCUCUGACUGCUGUCGGAAGCUCCUCUCAUCAGGCUUUGAUAUAGACACCCCUGACGACUUUGGAAGGACCUGUUUACAUGCUGCAGCAGCUGUUGGGAACCUGGACUGUCUGAAUCUGCUGCUCAACACAGGGGCAGACUUCAACAGAAAGGACAGCUUCGGAAGGAGUCCUCUGCAUUAUGCGGCAGCCAAUUGUAACUACCAGUGUCUGUUUGCCUUGGUGGGGUCUGGGGCCAGUGUGAACGAUCUGGAUAAAAGGGGUUGCACCCCGCUCCACUACGCUGCUGCCUCCGACACAGACGGAAAGUGUCUGGAAUAUUUGCUGCGAAACGACGCUAACCCAGGGAUCAGGGACAAUCAGGGCUACAACGCCCAGUCCAUUACGCGUCUGCGUACGGACACCGCCUCUGCGUACCACGGCCACCACCAUGCUAUGGAGGUCCUGGUUCAGUCUCUGCUGGAUCUAGACGUGAGGAACAGCCAGGGGCGCACCCCUCUGGACCUGAAUGCCUUUAAAGGCCAUGUGGAGUGUGUUGGCGUCCUCAUCAACCAGGGAGCCUCCAUCCUGGUUAAAGACUUCACCCUGAAGAGGACCCCCAUCCACGCUGCAGCUACCAACGGUCAUUCGGAGUGUUUGCGUUUGCUGAUUGGAAAUGCUGACCUCCAGAGUGCAGUGGACGUUCAAGGCGGGGAAUGGACAGCGUUGACGGGUCAUGAGGAGUGUGUGGAGGCCCUGCUGCAGCACAGCGCCAGCUUCCUGGUUCGGGACUGUAAGGGGCGGACCCCUGUCCACCUGGUGGCGGCAUCCGGACACAUCGGGGUGCUGGGGGGGGCUCCUACACGCCGCCCACACCGCCAUGACACGUGUGUAGAGGUGCUGCUGGAACAGGAGGUUUUCCACAAGACCGAGGGCAACUCGUUCAGCCCCCUCCACUGUGCUGUGAUCAAUGACAACGAGGGGGCUGCAGAGAUGCUGAUUGACACUCUGGGGCCGGCCAUUGUCAACGCCACUGACACCAAGAGACCCCCCCUGCAUGCGGCGGCUUUCACGGACCACGUGGAGUGUCUUCAGCUGCUGCUGGGCCACAACGCCCAGGUCAACUCCCCCGAUGCCUCCGGGAAGACCUCCCCUCAUGAUGAGCUGUUGGUGAGCAGUGCCAAAGCAGAGCUCACCCUGCAGGAUGCAGUCAAGAACACUGCUCUUCAUCUGGCCUGCAGUAAGGGGCAUGAAACCAGUGCUUUGUUGAUAUUGGAGAAGAUUACAGACAGGAACCUCAUCAACUCGACUAACGCAGCCUUACAGGCGCCGUUACACGUUGCAGCCAGAAAUGGUCUGGCGGUGGUGGUUCAGGAGCUACUAGUGAAGGGUGCUAGCGUGCUAGCAGUCGAUGAGAAUGGUUACACGCCUGCCUUGGCCUGCGCCCCCAACAAAGGCGUGGCGGACUGCCUGGCGCUGAUCCUGGCCACCAUGAUGCCCGUGUCCCCCUGCAACCCGGCGCCCAGCCUGUCCUUCAGUGCCAUUAACCACUACACCACCAGCCCCUCCAAGAGUGUGACCUUCGACAGCCUGCCCGUGCUGCGCAGCGAGCACAGCUCCUACUGCAGCUUCAACAACAUCGGCCACCGCGACCACGAUGGAGGCUUCUACAAGGAUGAGGAACUCAACGACUCAGACUCAGAGACAUACUGA